GGCGAGAUGAUGAGUUGGCUGGUCUAAUUUCCUCUUGUAUGGACGGGGAUAUAUACGAUAAGUGGGGAGAGCAUAUCGACCCUAGGACCCUGGGAGGAAUCAGGCAAGAAGCGCUUAGGCGAGCGGCGGGAGGGCCAUCGACAACCCCGACCAUGUUCAGGAUGUGGCAGGAGAAAGAAGAGUUGGCCAUAAAAGUUGAGGAGAUUGUGAGAGAUAGCGAGGAGGUCACCCAGCGUCUAAAGGCGGGGACGAUAAGAGAGGAGCCGAUAGUCGUCGAGUCAGACGAUGAGGGGCAGGAAGCCGAGGGAGAGUCGGCCACACUCCUCUUGGGGAGGAUGGAGGAUCUGCUGGAGAAGGUGGGGAGAUACCAGCGGAAGCUGCAAGCCAUGUGUGAAGAGGCCCGAGAAUGGGAGGCCAACCUGCCUGAGGUCUUCCUUUAUGACUCCGGGCCAGAGCCUUCGCCAGGACAACAAGGGUGCCCAGGAGUGGCGACUGUAGGAACGGGCCCUAGGUCAGGUAUGACCUAUAGACCCCCCACGUCGCACGGGAGGGUGCCGCAGGCGGCUCGGACCAGGGGCCAAAAUAAGGCUGGGCCUAGUCAAGAGCCCAGUCAGGCGCCUAGUCAGGCACCCCCUCGAAAGGACCCGGAGCCUGGAUGUAGGAAGGAGGUGGUGGAGGUUCCGGAGGAAGAGGAAGAGGAUGACGAUGAAGAGGAUGAGAGGCUCCGACAAGAGGAUCAGCGGGCGGAGCUGAGGGCCAAAAAGAAAGGGGCCCAGGAGGAGGCCGAGCCACGCCUGCCCGACAGCGUGCCAAAGAGGAAGAAGUACGUGGUCCGGAUGGAGGAAGGCUUUGAUGUGGAGCAGAUGGUGGACAAACUCCUGGAAGGCCAUAAUGACUUGAUGAACCUAAAGGACAUCCUGGCGUCGGCGCCAAGGCUCCGUGGUGGGGGAGGUGGAGUUGGUGUAUCGGCUUCCGAGAGGGAGGGGAGGCCCUGCGAUGGCCCAGGCCUGAGCGACAAGUCGGCCUUUUUUAGGGGAGGGUUUAGGCAUGGUUCCCAAAGGCGGUACAAGACCAUAGAUAAGAAGUGCCGCCCAGUUCCCGUGCUCGUCACAGAGGAUAAGGAAGCCUACUACGAGCGGGAGCGAGGUUUGAUACGGCGUAUGCGGGAGCACGCGUUGGCCGUGCCGUGCCGUAUCAACGACGAAAAUGAGGGGAAGCUGAUAAUUGGGGAGCCCGACUUCCUGUCGCCCCAGGAGAGAGCGUUGAUGGUGGAGCUGAUGAAGAAAAGGCAUCGCGCGUAUGCAUUCAACGACGACGAGCGUGGGAGACUGGAUGUGGACAAGAUCCCGAUGAUCAGGAUCCACACGGUCCCACAUGAGCCAUGGAAUCUAAGGGGCGCGCGAUACCCAAAUCCAGAUGAGGAGAAGAAGGUAGUGGACUAUCUGGACGGCAAGAUGCGGACGCACGUGGCCAACUAUUCCAGUGAACCGUAUGCGUCAUCUUGGUUUUGUUUUAUCAAACCAAAUGGGACGCUAAGGUGGGUGCAGGACUUGCAGCAGUUAAAUGCCAUGACGGUGCGGGAUGCGGGGGGGUUACCAAACGCGGACGCGCUGUCAGAAUCGUGCGCAGGGAGGCCUAUAAUUUCGCUCAUAGACCUCUACUCUGGGUACGACCAAUUCCCUGUAUACCCGUCAGACAAGCCUGUAACGGCAAUUCACACUCCCAGAGGGCUGAUUCAUAUGAACGUGGCGCCUCAAGGUUGGACGAAUGCGGUGGCAAUGGUGCAAAGGCAUAUGAUCAGAGUCAUGCAGACGGUCAACCCACAUAUCACUCAUCCCUAUAUCGAUGGUCUGGCGGUCAAAGGUCCGAAGGAGAAGGAGGAAAAGGAAGUGAUGCCCGGUGUGCGGCGCUUUGUCUGGAAGCAUGUUCAAGACAUCGAUCAGGUUCUGGGGUUAUUGGAAGAAUAUAACCUAACGGCGAGCAGCCCCGAGUCGAGACAUUGUAUGAGGGAGGCCACGAUUCUAGGCUUUGUCUGUAAUGAGAGUGGGCGAAGGCCUGAUGUAAACAAGACAGACAAGAUUCUUGAGUGGUCGGUGCCCUUCCGCUCGAUAACGGAUGUGAGGAGCUUCCUUGGGACGUGCGGAUUUUGGAGGAGCUUCGUGAAGGACUUUGCCACGAAGACGGAGCAUUUAAAUAAGUUGGUGCGCCAAGAUCAAGAAUGGGUCUGGGGCGAAGACCAGGAAGAGGCGGUCGGUAAGAUGAAGAGAGAGUUUAAGGAAGGAGGCUUGGUAUUGGGAGCGCCAAACUAUGAGGUCACGGAGGAAAGACCAUUCGUCAUUGAGACGGAUGCUGGGCCAACCGCCUUGGGAGGGGUCCUGAUUCAGGCAGAUACUGAGGGGAAGGAGAGGCCGCUAAGAUUCGAAAGUACGCACGGUCUGGUGGAGGAAGUGAGGACAAUAGAGGAAGGCCUCGCUCGGGUAGAGGAGCAUGAACAACUAAUGGGAGGGAUGUACCUGCUCACCAAUACGCUCUUGCAGGGAGACUUCGACCGGAAGGGCUCGUUUAGUCACGAGGAGGAUGAGAUUCUGGUUCCUGGAAGCCGAGACGACGAAUUCGAGGAAGGAGAAAUCAAGGAGGCGUUUCGGGCGGAGGAGUACGAUGGGAUCUUCCGGGAAUUGGGGUUGCUCCUAUCAUGUGAGAUGAGGGAUAGAGAUGCGAGCGCCAAGGCACAGAAGAUGAGACACCUAUAUGUGGUAAGAGACGGCCACUUGUCUAUAAAGCGGCAGGUCGGGAAUCCCAAGAGGAUCAUAUGUGGGAGAAACCGACAAACUGAUAUCAUAGCGGCCCUACACGAUGGUAUAGCAAGGGGGCACAGAGGAGUAGGUGCCACAUGCGCGAAGAUAAGCGAGCUCUACCAUUGGGACGGGAUGCUGACGAUGGUUAUCAAAUACUGUCGGUCCUGUAUACCUUGCCAGGAGAGGUCGGCGCAAAGGCCAGGAGAACCCCUACACCCAAGGUUAGAAAGAGAAGUGGGUGCGGUCGUACACCUGGACCUGUUAUUCAUGCCAGCAGGGGAGAAUGGGUGUAACUACAUCUUCGACACACGGGAUAACCUUACUGGAUUUGUGGACGGACGGGCUGUCCGAACGAAGACUGACCCGGUUUUGGCAAGCUGCAUCGAGGAGUAUUACUUGCGAUACCCCUUUGUUAGGGAGUUCGUGAUGGAUCGAGGAUCAGAGUUUACCUGCAAUGAGGUGAGGACGUUGCUUGCAGGGUACGGCGUAGUGGCCAACUAUACCACGGCCGCACACCCUCAAGCGAUCGCUCCUGUGGAGAGGGGGCACAGUACCAUCAUGAAUCUCCUGGCUAAGUGGACAGAGGGCAAGCCUAGUCAGUGGCCAAAGUUCUUACGGGCAGCUUUCUUCGUGGAUAAUGUUACUGUAAAAAGGACUACCAAGUACGCGCCAACCACGCUAUGGUACGGGAGGCAUGCUACCUUUCCCAUAGAAAGCUUUAUGAAGACGUGGAGGCGCCAGGACUUAGAGGUAAACUUGUCUUUCGAGGAACUGCUCGAUAUUUGGGCGCGGCAAGUGGGGGCGGCCGAAGAAAGAUUGCGAGAGGUCGCUGGUCAGGUGGAGAGGAGUCAAAUGAGGUGGGACCAGAUGGCACGAGUAAGAAAGGAGCCAUUGGCAGUAGGGGAUGUCGUAUUACUAUACGACUCCUCUUUGGAAAAGCAAUGGUCGAGGAAGCUUGACAAGAGAUGGUUGGGCCCCUAUAGGAUAUUGCGAUGCGGCGAAUUUGGGGCCUAUCAGAUCGAGGAGCUGGACGGGACAGGCUGGCAGGAUUGGAUGCUGAGGGCUUCGCCGCUGGGACCAGAUGGGUUGCCUAUUCAGCUGGAGGAAGGCAAUGCGGAAGAGUUCAUCCCUGCCUACGAGCAGUAUAUGCGCCACCAGGGGACUAGGCAGGAGGAGUGGAUGCAGAUGCUGCCCCUCUGGACAUGGAGGGCGGAGAGGUCGUUGGCGAGGCAGAUCCGGGACAGGGCACACGACUGGGAGGACUGCCAGGCCCAGUUGAGACAGGCAUUUCGGCGACUAGAGCCCGAGAGGCCAGAGCCCAGGGUGGAGAGACGACAAAGGAGUAAAAGGCCACGGGGCCCAAAGGCGAGAGGGACCACUACGACCAGAGGGGGCCGAAAGGCCUUGGCACAGCGAGAGGGGCCAGCAGAGGCCGCCCAGGCGGUGGAGCCAGCUCAGGCCGCGGGGCCAGCUCAGGCGGUGGAGCUACCCCCUACCUAUGGACUAGAGCAGGUGGAGUUUCGCCAAAUCACGGGCAGUGAUCUACGGGGCCCGUCGCCGACGUUGCCAGAGGGGGGAGAGCUGGUGUCGUUGAGGACGCCGCUCGACAGAUUGGAGGUUCAUCUUGAUGCGUCCCAGUGAGGGGCGUCACAGCGGGGAGCGGACCAGAGUGAACCGGCACGGUGUCAGGCGGCCACAACGGCCCACAAGCAGUGCACUGCCUGAAAUCUACAGUUUUGGGACUUAGGCGCGAAGACGACUCCGUGUUUUGACGGU